GCAUUCAGAAAUUCAGUUGGCGUUGUCAGUUCGCUGCGGGUCCUUGCGCAGGAGGUAGCACACAUUGGCAUAAAGGAGGCAUUCGCAGUAAAAUGAAUACAUAAAAGCGCGCAGUGUGUUCAUACAAAUUGUUUUGUCAUAUAUAUAUAGAACCCGAUCUAUGCAUUCCUUUUCCGUUCAACGAAAGCAAAAGAAAACCAAACACAUUUAAAUCAAUUCUUAAAAAUAUUUCGAUAGAUAUGAUUUACAGUAAAUGUGGCGAAACGUUUGUCGCGUGUUUCUAAUUCAAGGCUGGCAAAAGGAUUCGUUAUUGCCAGUUGUGUGUAUCGUGCCAGGUCAGUUGAGCGUUCAAGGACUUUUUCGUGCAAUAACAACAAUAACAAUAUGCGUGCAAUAAAAAAAACAACAACAUCAACAACAAAAAAUGUGAUUCAAAUGUGCAAAUAAAACACUAGACUUUAUAAUAAAAUAACAUACUUGCUUAAUAAAUACGAAUUGAGUAUAUUGAGUAAAAGGGCGCAGACCAAACACGACCACAGAGAACAGUUCAAUGAACAGCUAAGCAAGUUAAGCGGAAAACUCAAAUGUAAACAAAGCACGGAGAGUGCACAUUGAGACGAAAGCGUUAUAAAUUGUCCUUACAGUCAAGUGGGAAGUCUGAAGUCUGGACAUGCAUUUCUGGAUUGACAAACGGUCGCAACAAUGCGGUUUUGGUCGCUCGCGUGUAGCCGCCUCAUUGUCGCAUGCAGGAGGCGGUCUCAGCUAUGGCCAUCCGCCACGUCGCAGCAAGUCGAGCAGCAGCAGCAGCGGAAGCAACAUGAUCAACGCCAGCAGUAGCAGCAGCGGCGGUGGCAGCGCCAAUGCCAGUGGCAGCCACAGCCAAGCUUUGGCCUCUGUGCAUCGGGCAUUGGCGCCUUAUGGUGGAGGUGGCGAUUAUCAGUCGGGAGGCGCGGGCACAAGUCGCCAGGCAACGCAAUAUGGCAGCAGCAAUAAUAAUAGUGCACAUGCCAACAACCAGCAAUUGCUGCUGCAUCACAACAGCAGCAACAAUAACAACGGCAGCAGCAGCAGCAGCGGCGGUGGCGGCAGCAAUGCCAUGACAACAACUGCCAGCAACAAUAACAAUGCCAAUGCAACUGCUGCUUCUUCGGCUGCCGUGUUAACGGGCAGUGGCACCAUUGUGCCGCUUGUGGCACGUGGCUCGCAUUACCAUCAGCAUAGCACGCGCUAUCAGCCGCGACCACAGCAGCAGCAGCAGCAACUGCAACAAUUGCAGCACCAACAACUGCAGCAGUUGCAGCAACAGCAGCAGCACCAGCAACAACAUCACUAUAGCUACAACUAUCAUCAUCCGCAGUUUGGCAACAUGGCUGUUCCCGUGCGACAAUAUGAGUCACAGCAGCAACAUCAUCAGCAGCAGCAACAUCAGCAGCACUCGGGAGUCUAUGCAGACGAUGCCUACAGCGCGUAUCACCAUCACCACAGCAGCAGCAACAGCGGCAACAACGGCUGCAGCAGCAACAGCAACAGCACACGUUAUGCCACGCCGCGACGCCACAAUUCCAGCAACAACAUGCGACACGCGACAGCAACUGCAUCGGUGGGAACAACAACAUCAACAGCACCAGCAGGGGGAGGAGCAGCCACAACCGCCACGCCCAUACCGCCCACACAGACAACGGCACAGCACAGCAGCAAUCAGCUGCAGCAGCAACAUCACGCAUUGCUGCAACAUGCGGACUCGCAGCUGCUGCCAAGUCAUCUGAAAUGUGGCAUGUGCGCUUCGCUGGUGCUCGCCUCGGUAUUUGUGGCGGGCGCGAAGUUCUACUUUGACCACCAGGGCACCGGGCUGGAGGUGUUGAUAUUCUGCGCCUUUUCGGCGACAUUCUUUCUGGCUGCCUGCAUGGUGUCGCUGUGUCGCAUCCCCAAAGGAUUGCUGCCCAAUCGCAGCGAUGGCCGUGCCGUGUGUCACAGUCGUGGCAUCAAUGCUGUUGGCGGUGGCGGUGGCGGAGGCGGAGGAGGGGAUGGGAAUGCGGAUGGCGAUUAUAUACUGGAGCUGAAUAAUGUGCGCUAUUUGGAUGAGCGACAGGUGGAGAUAAGUGCGGCAACGGCGGCAGCAGCUGCCGCUGGACCGCCGCCAUAUCAUAUAGCAAUCUUGUUGCCGGAACAGACACCGACGGCGCUGGGCAAGCAGCUGCCAAUGGAUGAAUCACCGCCGCCGUCCUACGAUAAGAUUCUCGUCUAGAUUUUAGUGGUAGCGCUUUUGGUUUUUCUUCGUUUAGGAAUUGAGCGUCAAUUUCAGUUGAAAGAAACCAGCUAUCAAACCCAAAUCCAAUGAAACCAAACCAAACCAAAAUACUCUUGCUCAAUAUUUUUCUAAUGAUAUCAAAAUUUAUAUAAACAUAUACACAAGGCAAAAAUGACAUUUGCAUAUAGAUGAUAUAUAUAUAUAAAGAUAUACAUAUAUAUACACAUACAUAUACAUAUAAAUUCUAAAUAUAAAUAUAACGAACAAAAAGUAUAUUUUUAAGCUCCAAUUAAUAUUUUUACACUUUGAACUUUCUAAUCCAUAAACACGCAAAACACACACAAAAAAACGUUCCCUAAGAAAAACCCCAAAUCUCUUUACUAAAACUAUGUAUCAUUUUUGUUCUGUGAUAUGCUCAAAAGAAAAUCAUACGAGAUAAACCAUUAGAGACAAAGCAAAGUAAAGAACGAUGUAAGCAAACAAAAUAUAUAAAAAACAAACAAAACAAAUAGAAAAUAGAAAACAUAUACACUACUAUACGAAUAUGUGACAAAAUAAAACUAAAUACACAUCAAUCAGCCAAAACAGUAUUAGUAGUCAAGUAGAUACUUAAGUAACGAACUACUCAUAUGCAAGCAUUAAAUAAUAAUGUAAAGGUGCAACAUAAUGCAGAUAAAUAAAGUACGAACUAAUUUCAAAAUUGAAUUCAAAUGCGAUGAAAUCAUUUAUCGAUACCAUUAACAGUCACAGUAUAUU